GGACUUUGUCAUCAUAAUCUUGCGAAAUAGCUUUAAAAAUGGUAAGUUUAAAAACACAAAUCAGUAGAAAGUCAUCAACAAAACAAAUUUUAUUUAAGAGAAUCCCACUUUAUGUUGGAAUUCCUUCUUACAUGAUUCAUAUUUUAGCAUGUAACCCUUGCUAAAAUUGUGCUUCGCAAAAUUCUCCAAAACGGCUUUUCAGAAACUAUCCUUCCAUAAACUUUCAGCCAUUACAAACUUCAAUAUUAUAAAAUCUCAACAGCCAAACGAUUUAGUCAACAAAAAUCUAUCAAACCAAUAUCAAAUCACUACAUGACAAUAUCAAUUUAAGUCAUAAAUACAAAAUAUAAAUUAAAUCCGCUACAACAACAUUGAAAAUCAGCUCUUGGGUAAUACUUGACGACACCUUUUCUUAUUGAUUUUUAAAAAACAAAAAAAUUGAAGUGAAAAUUUUAAAUUUCUCUUUCAUUAUUCCUUAAUUAAGUUAAAAAGUAUGUUUAAAUUAACAAAUUAGUGCUAAUAUCACAGAGGCUUAAAAAGAAGUUAAAUAAAUAUAGUUAAAAAUGUGUGAUCUUGAAAAUUAUGACUAUUCAAAAGUUAAUGGUAAGAAAAUGUUGAAUUUUCCCCUAAAAACUUUGGGAACUUAUGUCAAUAAAUUUAUAGAUGCUAUUGCAGCACCACAAGAGUCCACAAAAGCUAUUAAUGAUAAAGAUUUAAAGCAGAAAAUGACAAGUAGUUUAAAUGACGAUGCAGAUUCCCCUACACAAGAUUCAGGGGUGCAAUUACUGGACUCUGAAACUGACCUUAAUGAUUCCAUGAUAUCAAGUGCCGUACUAGAUUUUGAACCAUCAAAUGAUUGUGUUAAAUCAGGAUCAAAUGAUUUUGUUUCAAUUGCAUCCGAAUCAUCAGCAUCAGCACUUCCUGAUCUCUUAGCUUUUGCUACAAAAAAUACUCUUUCUAAAAGUGAUAUAGAAAAUAAUAAUGAAGAUAAUGAAAGAAUUGUUGAUAUAGCAUGUUCAGCACAGCAUCCAGACAUUACUUCAUCAAUUGGUGAUGCUGACAUGAUAUCAAGCAUACACUCAACAUUCGACACUGAAAAUACUGAAAUUGUUUACCGACGAAAGAUUAAGAAGCAAUCAAAAUCAGCGCCAAAGAAGCGUGUCUCAUUCCACGAAGAUAUUCUAAAUAGCACAAGAACUGAUAAUAUUCACAUUGAACAUGGAUUUAUAACAUAUAAAGGACGAAAUGUAAAAUCGACAAGAUACUCAUGGUGCUCAGAAUAUAAUAAUGAAGAACUUGAUACUUAUGACGAUAGAAAAGACCAAACUGGACAUCACGUUUACCGUAAUGCAUGCUCUGAAGUACUCGAUUAUGGUAAAACAGACGUUCAGGACGAUGACGAUACAGAAAAUGUAAAAUAUGAUCAAUCUGGUAUAUUUGAAUAUCCACCAUUAAAUGCGAAAAGAUUUUAUCGCUGUACAUGCUCAAGCUCAUCGUCUAUUGAGUCUGGCAGUUCAAGUGAGAAUAACUCGAACAAUAGCAGCAGCAGCAAUGACACAAAAUCAGAUGAAAAAUGUAAUUAUAAGCAAUCUAAAUCAAGUUCGUGUGACUGUAUCGAGAGUUCACAAAAUGGAAUUGAAAUUGGCAAAGGAACAUGUUAUUUUUCGGAGCCAAAUAUCCAACAGAGAUCUGUGUGGAAUAAGGAGAAGAAGCCAAAGACUAGCUGUUUAAAGAAAAGUAAAGGAACUGAAAUAAUUCAAGAAAAUUCAUUUGAAUCAAAUGUUAAGAAAUUUAAUAUCCAUCAAUUAAGCUCAAGUGUGAUUAAAGACAAUGGAAAGAUGAUAAUUGGCUCAUUAAAAGACUUCCUAGGAAUAUCACUACCCGAGAGGGGUGUACCGGAAGGAUCAGAGGAAGCACCAGAAGCACAAGAGCUACAAUCACCAAAGAAAGACUUUUCAUUCUUGCACAAAGUCGGAAUCUUUAAACCAAAUCCCGAGAAAGUUCAAAGUCUGUCGAAAAGUCUUGAUGGUGGUUUCGUCAAACAAAACAAAAACUUUGUUCACAAUGUUGAUGAACAAUUACGUCGUGCAAAUGAAGAUGAUCUUUUUGCUCCAAGUAAUUCAAACAGUCGAAAGAAUAGCUUGAAAACAGAUAGCUCAAUUGAAGAAAAGGAAGCAGAAGAGGAUUUAACUUCGUCAUGUGGAAACAAUCCGCAACGUAAUAAGUAUAUCAUAAAUUGUGAGAGUACAGUCUUUGAGCAUACGGGUACGGUUGAAAUUCCACAUGUGCGGAAAAGCUCUCAAGAUUCUUCUUCAUCAACAAUCUUAUCAUCAUCUCCAUUAAAUUACAAUCCAUUUAAAGCUAAGAUUAGCAACAUUUUAAAUUCAAUUGCUGGAAAUGCGCCAACUAAACUUGACAAUGAUCGAGGCAUUAUCGAUGUGGAGAAGGAAGCAUACCAUGAACAAGACAUCGAUGAGAUUGAUGAAGAUGAGAACAAAAAGUCUAAGAAUAAUAUGGAGUCAAGUAUAACGUCAAUAUCAAGUGAUAAAAAUUCAUCAAUCAUCUCUGACAUAAGCUCGAAUACGAGUGCAAGCUUGCCACAAAAUUAUGAUAUUAAAAUGACGAGUAAAAAGACAUCACGACAUAUUUCAUCGCCUCUACGAAAAGUAGACGCUAGUCGAGAGAGAAUUAAUCAAGCACGAAUGAGUCCAGAUCUAUUUAAUCGAGAUUUCUUUGGAUCAAAUUUACAAAGUGUGAAAAAUCCAAAUAAAAUACUCUCGGAUGAGUUUGAUGAUAUUCUAACCGUUACGACAGACAAUACAGAUAAAAGUUUAGAUUGUGGCAAUGAUAUUGUCAUUGUCGACUACUCAGACGUAAAAAAUGAUAUAGAAAGUAAUCCAAAUGCGAGCAACUAUUAUCUUAAAUUGCCAUCUAUAAUGACAUCAUCGACAACAUCGACAUCUUCCAAAACUUCUCUCAUCAAUCGAUUCUUAAGGAAUGUGACACAAAAGAAAAUUCUCGAGGCAUCCAUCAAACGUAAUAGCUUCUUUCAAGCUAAAUUGAAAAAUGAGACAAAAUUAUUCGGUGGAAAUCUUUAUGUGAAGGGAGUUAAGCCAAGAAAUGAGUCGGUGAUAAAGGAUCUUAAUGAUGAAAUUGAUAUGGAAGUUGAGAUGGGUUGCAAUAGUUUGGAAUAUGAAGAGGAGCAGUCAUGUAGUGGUAGUAAGAGUAAUCGGUCAUCGGUGUGCUCAAAUAAUGAAGAUUUAUCGUACGAGAGCGGGAUUGGAGAAAUUCGAAUUGAAUUAUUUAAUAAGAAAAAUCUCAAGAUAUUUAGAGAUAAAAGUGAAGUGCUAAUGAAAGCUUUUAAGCUUUACACUGGUUAUAGUAAUGAGGGUUAUAUGUGUGCCGUUGUAGUUUUCCUGACUGAUAAAACUAUUUAUGUCGUUGAAUUGAUCCGUAAUGAACUUUGUAAUAAGUUUGUCUUGCCAUAUGCUGAACUUGAUGUCAUACUUAUGGGACCGAUGGGAAAUACGGUAUUAUUGAGUAAUACGGCGAGAGACAUGCAACAAGUUCUAUUAACAUGUGGCCCAUAUCCCGCAGAAAAACUCAUUUCAAGCUUAGAAAUGUGUGCACGACGAGGUGGCUUUUAUCUUCCAGCAGUUGGUCAACUUACACUCGAUCAUUUUGCUCCAUUACAGUCCUUUGUGUGUAAUAAUUCGUCUGUCAGCAAGUCGGAUAUAUGGCAAUAUUACUCAAUUGUUAACAUACCAGCAUCGAUUUUGGGUGUUGAAGAUGAGCCAUUAGGACCGACAUUACAAGGAUUUUUCAUGCAUCGUAAUUUAUCGCAUGCUGGUGUUGUGCAGAAAUGGUCUGCUGGAUAUUUCAUGUUGAAAGCAGGCGUUCUCUAUUUAUUUAAUGAUUCAACUCAAAGGAUACCGAGUUGGGCGGUUAGUUUACCAAAUGAAUGUCAAGGUGCUCGAAGAUGUAUGACAUCAAAUAGACCGCAUUGCUUUGAAAUUUUACUCCGCUCUGGUUCAUUGCAACUGGCAGCACCAGAUGAAUACGUAUGCUCAGAUUGGCUACAAUCUGUUGUGCAUGCAGCAAGCAGAUUCUUUGAUAUUAAUGAGAAACCAAAAAUUCUUGGAUGUACUUUAAUCAUGACGGAAAAUCAUUUGAUAACAUUACGAGAAGAUUUCUCAUCGCCCUUAAGGCGAGUCACUCUUCAACAACCAGUCAUUCUUUCACCGCAUCAUUCCUUCUUUACAAAAGAGAACAGUGCACCGAAUUUAACAAGAAAGUUGAGCAGUUCAACAAUAUUAGAUACAUCAAGUGAAGUCAGUUCCAUUAGAUCGAGUGCUAGUACACCAAGUCGAAGUUGUCGCUCUAAUUCGACAAUGUGCAGCACACCCACAAAAUUAUCAAAGAAAAGUAAUUACGACGAGAGUCAAAGUCAUACAAAUAUGACAAGUUUUUAUGGAAAAAAUUCUGGAAUUGAAGUGCUCACUUGUGCUUCCAUUGAGGAACUUAUUUCAAUCAAAGUUGCUCAGGACGAGGAAAGUUGGUGGUGUAUUUUGGAAUUUUUAUGUCAAGAAGUUCGAGAAAACUUUGACGAUUUGGUUCUAUUCUUCUCAACAAGCUCAGAAAUGCAAAGAUUUCUCUCGGCACUCGAGAAUUUAUGGCAUUCAAAAAUGGACGACGCUUUCCCCAUCAGCAUUGCAACCGAGAAUGAUUGUCCACAACAGAAGCAUUGCGAAAAGUUAUUUGUUGAAUUGAGUCACUCUUGGGAUCCGUUACUGAGUGCUGUUCUUAACAUUUCCAAGUAAGAACGAGGAUGGAAAAGUAAAUUGAUAAGUGAAUUAUUGACUUUGUUGAGUAAUGAUGGCGCAUUUUCUUAUUGGAUGGUUAUUUUUGAAUUAUUUGAGCAAAAAAGGAGGCAAGAAUAUUUUGAUAUCAUAAUAAUUAGUGUUCAAAAUCUCACCAAAUUUUUCACGAGGAAAAAUUUUUGUGAGCAAAUUUUUUUAAAAAUCUC